AUGGACUUGAACGAGGAUAAGAUUAAAGAGGAGGUCAGUAGCUUCGUCUCGAGCUUGCAGAGACUCCUUCCCAAGAAGAAAGAGUUGAUUUACGUUGAACCUGUUAAAACUAAACUUACAAGACUGAACGAAGUCCACUCAGAAGCCAAAAGUGUCUUUCCUAUGUGUUUUACUGGAGCUAGACUAAUUAUUCUGAGAGAAGUAUUGGAUAAAGUGAAGUUAGUUCAACAAUAUAACUAUGGAAAGGCCAAGGAAACGUACAAAUGCUUUACACAUUUGCUGCAUAAAGAGAUGGAGCCAAAGAGUACUGAUGAAGCGUUGUUACUGGAUUCCGCUGGAUCAGCAACGGCCACGUAUUACGAAGACAUCGAUGGAGGGUACAAGAUGCGGCUCACCUCCAAAAUCAGGGAUCUAAUUUCUUCUGAGACUGAAAUAAUUUUGGAUAAGGAUAGCUCAAAUUCUUGCUAUUCUAUCACGUGUUCAAUGAAGGACGUUGACCCGAAUACAUUUAGAGUAGUGACGCAAUGGAUGUACAAGAUAACUCCUGAAUUCUGUGCGGGUACAGAAGUGUGCUUCGAGCCUUUAGCGUACCCUCCGACGCCCGACGUCGCCGUCAGCGCUCGAUACGAAAGGCCAUCUUUCACGUUGUCAUCUACAAUUAGCAGAGCUGGUUUCCAGGCGUGCAUAUUUAAGCAAUUUGCACCCGAUCUCCGAAUAGCAACUAUAGUGAACGAAGGAAACAUAAGUGGUAAAACAACGGUCGCUGUUGCUCUCCAUAAAAAGUACCAGAAUGGGUCGGAAUUGAAAAUUUUCGUUGACUCCCAACAAUGCGGGGGCUUUACAUUUCAGAAGGAUGUUCUAUUUUACGAGCCGCAUAAUGAAACUCGCGUUUUGAGGCUCGUUGGAAGCACUCUAAUAGAUAGGCAGAGACGAGUGAAGUUCGGAUUCGGAUUUGACUUGGACUUCUGAUGUUUACAUCAGUUCUGAGUUUGUUUAUCUCCCGAACAAAUUGCCGGGCUCGUGUGACGCAUUUUGAAGUUUUUUUUGUAGAAAGAUUUGUUUGUAUAUAAGUAUACAUAGGUUUUAGUUAUUGUUUUAUCUUGUUAUUAAAUGUUCAGUUAUCGUGUUUAGUAUUUUGAUAAUAAACUAUCAUUUUGUUAA